GCUUAAGGAGGGGGAGUAUGGUUGGAGGAGGUCACCUUCUCUCUAAGCCGGGAAGGAAAGAAACAGAGGUUGCAGUCUUGUGCUCCUUACCUGAGAGUAAGCCCAUUGAACGCAAUGAACUGCUGAGCACACAGGAAUCAGAUCCAGCCUUUGGGAUGGAGAGGUCUUCAGACUUGCCCAAAGACCUGCUGCCUGGGCCAUACCCCAAGACUCCAGAGCAACGGGCAGCUGCUGCAAAGAAGUACAACAUGACAGUGGAGGACUAUGAGCCAUAUCCGGAUGAUGGCCUAGGUUAUGGUGAUUAUCCCAAACUCCCAGACCGAUCCCAGCAUGAGAGAGAUCCGUGGUAUGACUGGGACCAUCCAGAUCUGAGGCGUAACCAUGGAGAGACAAUGCACUGGGAUUUUGAUAUGUUCGUUCGGACCCGGGUUGACACCUCUCCUACACCCCUCUCCUGGCAUACGAUGCGUAAUUAUCUUGUGGGCUUUAUUAGCUUCAUGGUCGUCAUGUGUAUUCUUGGUGAGAUUUAUCCAUCCUACCAGCCUGUGGGCCCAAAGCAGUAUCCCUACAACAAUCUGUAUUUGGAGCGGGGGGGAGAUCCCAACAAAGAGCCACCAGAGGUGAAGAACUAUGAGAUCUAAGAGUUUCUGGAACUAAAGCUCCUCUUGUUCUCUCUAAUCAGAGUUAUCUGCUGAACCAAGUAUAUUGCACAUUACUUGGUUUUAAAGAUCCUGAUGCGGGGGUGAAAAUCUAUGAAAAGUUCUUUUGUUACAUUGUAUGUACUGUGAACCACGUGGGGUUACUUUGCAUCUUAUCUUAAUAAAGGAAAGUUCCUUUUA